AUGGAAGAGACAUUGAAUUUCACAUGUCCUCGGUUAUUCUCAGAGAAAGGCUCUUUAAAGAUUUACCACAUCUCGGUAACAUACAUCCUUGUGUCUAAAAUUAUCGGUGUCAUUAAUUUAGCUGCCAUUUUGCCGACCCUUGUCAUCAACCUAUUGCUAGCCGUCACAUUGAUUAAGACAAAAUCUCUUCAAACAGUGCAGAACCUCAUAAUUUUGCUUAUUGUCUUCCUCAACUUGGGACAAGGAAUAAUUUCAAUGCCAGCGCAUGGAAUACUGCUUAUACUGCGGAGCAUGAAGCGAUUCAGCUGCGUAGCAGAUGCCCUCAUUUGCUACUUUGGCGCCUCACUUGCAAUGAGCUCUAUGUUCGCUGCUGAUCUUUUGGCCUAUGACCGAUACGAUGCGAUCCGCAAUCCAUUCAAACACGAGGUCAAUUUCACCAAAGCGAAGCUAAGAAACACCAUUAUUGUUUUUGUCAUUUUCUCCCUUUUGAAUUCGGUUAUGUUUUUCAUUGCACCACUGGUCCAUGUCGCCAUUUCCCUAGCUUCCGCUGUCAUGAUUGGAACGUACGUAUUCAACGUUAUCGUACACAUACUGAUGAUGCGAACGGUUGCUAAGCUACGGCUCAGACACGAGGAAAUCAUCCCGAAAAGCCUCGAUCUCAGUAUUGAAGAAAAGCGAGAGAGGCAAAGGAAGGAGAAGAGGACAGUAAGGUUUACACUUUACGUUAUUGGGUUCUUGUUGAUAUGCUACGCUCCGAGUUUGUUCAAGAACUUUUUCUUCAGUCUGAUGACCACCCAAGACUACCUUAAUAUGGUAUCCGACACGAUUCUUUUGUUGCAUGCGACGAUCAGCCCGAUUCUAUACAUAUGGCAGGCACCGCAGAUUGGCCGGGCUGUUCUGAAACAAUGCAAUUGUCUAAUGAAUUCCAGGGUUGAGCCGAUAAACACCCAGUCUAUUGAUGUAGACGGAACAAAAUGA